AAAAAAUUUUGCUUUUUUAAUUCAAAAUCACAUAGAGAUAGUUAGUUAUAAGUAAUAAAUAAAUAAAUUUCAAUUAUUGCUUCAUCAUAUUUAAGCAUUACAGCAAAAAAUUAUCUGUUGCAACUAGUAAACUUAAAAGCUACUAUAUACACUUAGGACUUUAUUUAGAUGUCAUAUCCAUAUACAAGUAAUUAUCCCAAUUAAUCAUAUAAAAAUAGCAUUUAAUAGUAGGCAUAAUAACAUAUCAAAGUUCGAAAUAUAAAUCCAAGUAAUCAAUAUUAUGAGCCAUAAUAUGACAAUCAAUAGAUAAACAAAAAUACAAUAAGUAAUAGAACAAGUAAUAUUACUUAAGUAUAGUAAAAACCAAACACUAUGACCUAAAGGGAUCCAAAAUAUUCUAAUAUUUAAUAGGGAAGCUAAUAAAAUUAUGAUAAUAGUAAAUAUCAAUAUCCAUAAUAGUAUAAAGUUAUUCCAAGUCAUCUUCCUUAGUAUAACACUGCAAAUAACAAUCCUUAAAUAAGGAAUCAAUAAUCCACAUAAUAAUUAACUAGUUAACCUAGAAUAGGAACAUAAAAUUAAACAGUAAAUUAAAUGACUACCUCAAAUAACUCUUAUCUUUAACCAAAUACAUAGUCAUAUAAUCCUAUUACUAACUAAUCUUAUUAAUAUUCAAAUGGAUCAUCUACGGCAUCCUCAAACAAAAAUAGUUUAACAACUUCAAAUUCCUCUUCUUAUGGUAAUGAUAAGAUAGGAGCCUAUAGUAAAAGUUAAUUAGAUUAAAACUAGAUAAAUUACCCUUAUGCCAAUCAAUACAAUACUCAAAAUUAUUCCUAAUCUGGUACUUAAAUGCAAUAAAACUAUGGAUAAUAUAAUCAAAACUCUACUUAGAGCACUAGGAAAGUAUUUCAUAGGAAAUGCGGACUAUAAAAUAUAGGAAAUACAUGCUACAUGAAUUCAGCUUUACAGUGUGUAUUUAACAUUCCAGGUUUCUUGGAUUAUUUCACUUCUGGAAAAUUUAAGAAAGAGAUUAAUUAAGCAAAUAAAGGUAUUGCUAAUGAAUUCGCUGAAUUGGCAUUAAGCAUUGAAGAAAAUACAACUAAAAAUAGUUAUUUACGUCCAUCAGGUCUUAAAUUUGCUAUUUCAAAAGUAAAUUAGCAAUUUUUAGGAAGUGGUUAAUAAGAUUCUUAAGAGUUUCUGAGGACACUUCUUGAUGGGUUGCAUAACGAUUUAAAUAGAGUUUAAGGCAAAAAGCCUUAUAGAGAAUUAGAAGCAAAUAUUAAAUUAAAACCACUAACAAAAAUUGGAGAAGAAUGGUUUUAGUAUUAUUUAGAUAGAGAUAAUAGCAUUGUUACUGAUUAUUUCACUGGGCAACUAAUGAGUAAAGUAACUUGUUAAGUUUGUCAGUCAGAGUCAAUAGCAUUUGAUAAUUUUAUGGACUUGUCGCUAAGUUUUACGGCAUUCAGAAUAUUAAUUUCAUUCGAAUUGGAUAGACUAAUUAAAGCAUUUUUAAAAGAAGAAAAUUUAGAUGACACUUAUUAUUGUAAAAAUUGUAAAAAGCACACAAAAUCAAAGCGCUAAUUUUAUAUUUGGUAGCUUCCUGAAGUUUUAGUAAUUCAUUUAAAAAGAUUCCAUUUUGGAAGUACUAGACGAGAAAAGAUUAAUUUGGAUGUGACUUUUCCAAUAUAAGAUUUAGAUAUGGGCUAAUAUCUAGAGAGAUAAACAAAUAAUUAAGAUUUUUUGUAUGAUCUUAUUGGCAUAGUAAAUCAUUCAGGAAACCUUUAUGGCGGUCAUUACACUGCAUAAUGUAGAAACCCUUAUGAUGGAACUUGGAAUGAGUUUAAUGAUUCUUAAUGGAAUGAAAUCAAUAUAAAAUCUUAGAAUUACGAUACAAAGGGCUCACAUGAGCCAUAUUUAUUAUUUUACUGUAAAAAAGGAUUAGCAUAAAAAUAUAGGAAUGCGAAAUGA